GGGGGCGUGGCGUGGGCUUUGCCGGUUCUAGCAGUAGCAGACACAAUGAAACGAGGGGCAAUGUAGGGCACCACGUUGGGGCUUGAAACGCAGAUACUCCGGUAGCGUAUUUUUCUUUUUACUUAAUUUCGGACGUUUUGUAUUUCAUUUUAUUUAUUCCUUGUGUAUCCACUGUAUAUAGAGAGCAGAGUCGCCGAUGAAAAAAAAACAAGGAGUUGAACAAUUUCGAAGAACCGACCGAGCUCAGGAAACGAGGCUGCCUGUAACUUUUGCUUUGUCGUUAAACGCAGUCGCGGUAUAAUGUCGUACGCUUUUUCGGAUUAUUUAGCUGCGAAGUGUCUGGUGUCGAUAUCCAGCGGUCCCGUCCUCCAUCGACCCACCCCGGUGUCUGGUGCAGCUCAGGCCCCUCCUCAGGGCCUUACAACCGGGGAGCCAGACGGGUCGAGCGAGGACAGGGAGGUGCGGGAGACGCUUCGGUUAGAGGGGGCCAACAUGAUGACGGUGGCAGAGAUCCUAACCGACCUGCACGGCAAGUUUCGUCCCAUGUCGGCCUAUUCCGAGAGCAGCAACUCGUCAUGCGGAGAGAGCGGUUACACCACGUUGUCUGACUCCACCACCCCGACGCCUACCAUGACCCCCUCUGCCACCCCUGUCCCGGGACAGUACAACAACACCCCCCAGCCGAUUUGGGGAGGAGGGGGCGCACCCCGGUCCCCAACCAAGCGUCACCCCUGUACUUUCGACGGGUGUGACAGGGUGUACGGCAAAUCAUCGCACCUGAAAGCGCACAUCAGGACACACACAGGUGAGAGGCCUUUUCCCUGCACUUGGCCUGACUGCGAAAAGAAGUUCGCCCGUUCCGACGAGUUGGCUCGACACCUACGUACCCACACGGGCGAGAAGCGCUUCCUGUGCCCCCUCUGCGACAAGCGCUUCAUGCGCAGUGACCACCUCAUCAAGCACGCUCGUCGACAUCCCAACUUCCACCCCUCCAUGAUCAACCGUAAGGGUUCGGUUCAAGAAUCCACCUCUGCCCAGCCCACUGCCUCCUCCGAGUACGCCAGCACUGCCGAAUAGACACGCCCACUGCCUCACCACGACCUCUCCGGGACCUCCAUCAGACACCUGUUUUCUGCACUGUGACCACCAUCCCCGUAAGACGCGCUGCGGCUUGAUUUGAUUACCAUGCAUGCUGGGAUUUUUUUGAGCUCAGUUCUUACCUCCACAGGCCAAAAUAGGAGAACUUCACGUCUUCCUCCGAGCCCCUUCGCCCAACCAGUAAUGACCAAAAUGGGUGACGGAGACACAGACUUUCAAGCACAUUCCCUUACGACUAGGCACAGUCAUGUGAUUAUAUUAUCACAUGGCUGGCAAGUGAUGCAGAAUAUAAAGUUGACCAUAAAUGUGCCUGUUUUGGGUGGACAGAAAUACCUUAAUGUGAUGCAUGUGGACAAAAUGGCCACCGGGGGUAGCAUAGCGUUUUAUAAAGACAGUUGUGUUAUGUGUCAUCUAGUCGUGUGUAUCACUUGUCAGCCAUGUUUUAAACCUCCAAAAGGGAGUCACAGUUUACCCGCUUAACAGUCUUUGGUCUUUUAUUUGCAGUCUCUCCAUCUGAAAAUUUAGCACAACCUUGUUGUCUUGUACAGCUGGAUUGACAGAAUAGCGAAAUCUUGUGAUGAUAGACAUACAUGCCGUACGAGACCGUUACCAGAUCGAUUUCUAGCGAAGUAUUUGUGUAUUACUCGCAAUAUUAUCACAUCGUUUACAACGUUGUGCAUUUUUAAAAUGCCUGGUAUAGCUAAGCCAAUGAGGUGUAGUUUAUCCAUUCCCUAAAAUAAUAUGAUGCCUAUUGAAACCAAACAUUGCUAAUAAUUAAAAAUAAAAUGGCCAGUGAGUUUCUGUUGGGUAGAAACGCUGCCAGUAUUUCCACAACUUUCCCUACUGAAAUGAUUGAAAUGAUAAUAACUUAUUGUCGUUUAAGUUUACUUUUUAUCUGUUUUGCUUAUGUUACCUAGUAAGAUCAGCAUGGCCUCUGAAAUAAUUUUUUUUU